AUGAAGUUCACAUUCGUUAUCAUUCUUGUUGUGCUCUAUGUCCUCACUAUCUUGACCGAUGGUGUUGACGCAGCAACCACGAAGAAGAAGAAGAAGAAAUUGGUUCUCACCGCCUGCGAACAGACCUGUGUCAACUAUGUCGCUGCCAUCAACUCCACGACCGGCUGUCUGUCUGAGGCUUCGGCGUCCUCUUCCUCGUCGGAGAAGAAGCUCGUCAAGCGCAAGGAAGCGGCCUUGUCUACCGAGCUUGAUUACACCUGCGCCUGUGUCGACGAUAUCUACCUCGGCUCCAUGGCUCUUUGCAUCGAUCAGUGCCCUUCGGGGUCGCAGGAAAAGACCUGGAAUUACUGGACCAAGCUGUGCAAGAAAACGUACAAGACUGAGGUUGAGGAGGACUACGAUUACUACUUGAACUUGGCUGAGGAUGACUAUGUCCUGGGAGGAUCUUACGAGGGCGCUACGUCGGUUCCUGAUAAAAUUAAUUCGACGUACUUCUACUGGACCUACCGCACCAGAGAUGCUUACUACCAGAAUAUCAGAGUCUCUGUGUUUUACGGAAACGCGCUCUUUGCCUUUUUUGGUCUUUUCAUGUUCAUCUCCGCUGUCAACCGCCUCUUCUGCCGUUUGCUCAACGUCGAGAAAGGGGCUCCUAACCCGAUUGUCACCGCGAUCCGGAAAUACUUUGUGCUCCCCGCUGCAUUCAACGGCAAGCACGCGGAGAGCAACAAGCUUUUCGGCAUUCCCUUCAAUGUCACGCCUAUCCGCUGGGUGUACGUGAUGGUGACGAUCUACAGUAUCCUGAACAUCGCGUUCUGGUGGACCAGCGUGGAUAUCUUUGAGGGAAACACAAACUACGUCAAGACGAGCUUGCAGCGUACCCGGUAUCUUGGUGAUCGUGCUGCCGUUAUUGCUACAAUUUUGUUUCCUUCGCUCUACAUGUUUGCUGGGCGCAAUAAUAUCCUGCAGUAUAUCACCGGCUGGUCAUACGAGACCUUCAAUGUCCUGCAUCGCUGGACUGGACGGUGGAUGUUGAUCCAGGCUUCUGUUCAUGCUAUGGGCUAUUCCGGUGUCUACCUGAUCAACGGAGGUCACGAGCUCUAUAUGGAGAAGAUCUGGUUCAAGAAGAACAUCAUCUACGGAAUUUGCGCUACAUUCAUCGCCGGUGCGCUCAUCGUCCAGGGAGCUUAUCCGCUGCGCCAUAAGUUCUACGAGGUCUUCAAGUCUAUCCACGUCGUGCUUGCUGCUGCCUGCCUCGCGCUUACCUACAAGCAUGUCAACGCUUACGGCUACUUCCCCUGGGGCUACCAAAAGUACAUCUGGGCAACCAUCGGUCUCUGGCCCGCGGAUCAUUUCCUCCGGCUCUGCAGAAUCGCUUACUCUGGUCUCUGGACAACUGCCGCGGUUUCUGUCAUCGACAACGCGGUCGUGAUCCGCGUCAAGCCUUUGAUCCCGUGGAAGCCGACCCCGGGCCAGUACGCGUACCUCUAUGUCAUGCGCCACAAUUUCUGGGAGUCGCAUCCGUUCUCGAUCGUCGGCAAGGAGAACGGCGAGUACAUCUUCGUGGCCAAGGCCGAGCAGGGCAUGACCAGAAAGCUUCACAACACAGUCACCAAGAGCAAUAACCCCGACCACAGAGUCAAUGUCUGGGUCGAGGGAUUCUACGGCGAGACUCAGCCCGUUCAUCGGUACAACACCGUUCUUUUGAUCGGCGGUGGUAUCGGCGUCACCGCGGUUGUCGGCUACGCGCUCGAGCUUGCUCGCAAGCCUAGAGAGGGACAGCAUGUUAUCCUGUACUGGAUCGUGCGUGAGGAAGAGCAACUCGGCUGGAUCAAGCAGCAGAUUGACGAAUGCGCCGCCACCGGCCGCGUCGACCUCCGCAUCUUCGUCACCAAGGGCUCUCCUUCCCCCAUCGCUGAUCAGGAGAAGCAAGACAAGAGCUCGGUGAACAGCACCUCCGACUCCGACAACGAAAAGAGUCUCUCUGUCUCCUCCAACUUGACCGACUGGUCCGAGAGCGUCAAGUACGGCGUUCGUCCGGAUAUGUCGGAAAUCGUCUCGACCACGGUGCGUGAAGCGCCCGGAAGUGUUGCGGUCUUGAUCUGUGGACCGCCAAAGAUGUCUGAUAACUGUCGGCGCGCGGUGACCGAGAACGUGGAUAAGGGCGCGGGUAGAGUUGAGUACUUUGAGGAGGUUUUCUCCUGGGCUUAG